AUGUCCACAAUCAAACUCCUCUUUCUAUUCACAUUCUUCUCUUCCUUGAUUUUAGGAUAUGAAGAUGGGAUUUCAGGGAAGUACCCAAUCGUGGUGAGUACGUGGCCUUUUGUAGAAGCUGUGAGAGCUGCUUGGAGGGCUGUUGAUGCUGGCUUUUCCGCUGUUGAUGCUGUCGUUGAGGGUUGUUCUGCUUGUGAAGAUUUGAGGUGCGAUGGUACAGUGGGUCCUGGUGGAAGUCCAGAUGAGAAUGGAGAAACUACAAUUGAUGCUCUGAUUAUGAAUGGGGUGACAAUGGAGAUUGGAGCUGUAGCUGCCAUGAGGUAUGUGAAAGAUGGCAUUAGAGCUGCAAGAUUAGUGAUGGAACAUACUAAGCACACUCUCCUUGUUGGGGAGAAGGCAUCAGCCUUUGCCAUUGCGAUGGGUCUCCCAGGUCCCUCAAACCUUAGCUCGACAGAGUCUAUUGAGACGUGGAAUAAAUGGAAAGAGAAUGGUUGCCAACCUAAUUUUUGGAAAAAUGUUAUACCUCUAAACGGUUGUGGUCCUUAUCAUCCGAAGGGUGCAAAUGGCUUCAGUGAGGGGGGUUACUCCAAAGCCAAUUUGAUGGGAGUUAUUGAAUCAAGGUCAUCUCAUUUUGGUCUUCACAGCCAUGACACCAUUUCAAUGGCUGUUAUCGAUAAAAUGGGACAUGUUGCUGUUGGCACAUCAACUAAUGGAGCUACUUUUAAGAUCCCUGGCAGGGUGGGUGAUGGACCCAUUGCUGGAUCUUCAUCAUAUGCUGAUGAUGAGGUUGGUGCUUGUGGGGCAACUGGUGAUGGUGACAUCAUGAUGCGCUUCCUUCCCUGGUAA